CUUUGAUGAUUCCGUGAGAGCGAGGAGGUGAGCAGUAUAUAUUGAGGAAGGAGGUCACAUAGUUGUGUGUACUCUAGAAAUCAAAAUCAUUAUCUACAAGAGCAUCAAAAGCACUUACAAGCACUUCCCAAAAGCUGGAGACAUUUGAAAUUUCCUUCACCAUACAACUACACAACCAACCAAUCAACCAAAGCGUAAAUCACCAUGCCACACGCCAUCGAAAUAGAAGCCAUCCAACAGCCAACUUACCCUGAGAUGAGCUUAAAAGAAUCCCUCAUGACACGACACUCAAGCCGAGCCUUUCUUCCAACUCCCGUCCCAAAAUCCAUCAUAAAAUCCACUCUAGACCUAGCUCGCUUCGCCCCCUCAAACUCAAACAUCCAACCCCAACGUAUUUUCCUCUUAACAGGCGAGCCCCUCGAAAACCUCAAAUCUAAGCUAUUUGCCGAAGCAUCAAAAUCCACUCCUAGUAUUCCUCCCCUCCCUAAGGCAUACACACACUAUCGCUCUGAAGUUGGUCGACAACUCUAUGGCGAAGCGAUGGGUAUUUCGCGAUCCGAUUCAAAAGCUCGCAAUGCAGCCGUCCUUCGUAACUAUCAGUUUUUCAAUGCACCUGUCGGGGCAAUAGUGUGUAUUGAUAAAAGUCUGACGAAUGCGGAUAGAGUAAGUGUUGGGAUGUGGUUACAGAGCUGGUUACUGGCGCUCACGGAGAGGGGAGUGGGUUCAUGCGUGCAAGUUUGUCAGACGGGCUAUCCUGAGUUACUGCGGACAGAAUGUGGGAUUAGUGAUGAUCUGGAGAUUUUGGUGGCGGUGUCGAUUGGGUAUGAAGAUCCGGGGUUUCAGGCUAAUGGGUUGAAGAUUGGGAGGGAGAAUGCUGAGAAAUUUGUUGAUUUUUUGGAGUAGAGCAUCGUCUUGGGUUUCUGUCUGUGAUUUAGAAGUUUAUUGAACUUGGAUUUCAGCUUUUUCUUUUUAGGAGUUUAUAUUCUGCACCUGCUUAGGUAUCAGAUUAGAACACGCCAAUAAUCAUCAUUUACAAGCCCCCUAAAACCUUAUACUUAUACCAU